AAAAAGAAAAACUGGGUAACGGAAUUCGUGAAGCAGUCGGGCGCUUCGAUCUUUAAAGGCAAAGAUUACACAAAAUUCGCGGUGCUUAUUGAAUCGAAAGAGUCCGAAGACUACGACGAUCAUCUGGAUGAAUUCACAAAAGCGGCAAAGAAUUUCGAAGAUAAGGUUCGAUUUGUGUACAUCAAUACAGAUGUGGAAGAGAACUGGCAGCUGAUUGAAUUUCUCGGUAUGAUCGCAGAAGAUGUGCCAUGCGUUCUAUUCAUCGAUCUUGACGAAGGCCUGAAGAAAUAUAAAGCGGAAAUGAAUGAGAUAACGAAACAAGAAAUCACUGAAUUCAUUCAAAAAUGUCUGAAGGGCGAGGUGAUGCCAUUCUUAAAAAGUGAUGACAUUCCGGAGGACUGGGAUAAACACCCAGUGGUCGAGUUAGUAGGAAAAAAUUUCGAGGAACAAGUAUUUCAACCAAAGAAAACUACUUUCGUCUUCUUCUACGCGCCGUGGUGUGCAGCGUGCCAGAACACGAUGCCGGAAUGGGAGAAGCUCGGCGAGUUAUACAAAGACAAAAAGAAAGUGACCAUUGCUAAGAUGAAUUCGAUUAACAACGAAGUCCCAGGACUGCCGAUUCUGGACGUCCCCACACUGGCACUUUUCAUCAAAGGAUCCACAACGGUUGGUUAUUUUUCUUCGCUCAAAUCACUGGUAUUGAUCAAAACUUCAUAG